AUGCACUGGAAUUGGGAUUGGGGGUUGGAUAGUUGGAUUAGGGAGAGAAAGGUCUAUAUAAGCACUGAUUCUCCCAAGGUUCCUACCACCCAUCAAUCUAACCUAACCACCAAGUUCCUCCCUCCCCUCCCAACCAAUCACCUCUUCCAAACCAUAAAGAACGGCAAAGAUAUCAACAAAAUGGCAUCCACCCCUCUCCCCCUGCACCCCCUUCUCGACACAGGCGCAGGCCUCAAACCAAGCAAAGACACCUUCCCCGGCGGAACCCUCUCCUGCCACUGCAGCACCAACAAAGUCACCGUCGAACUGACCAGCAACGUCGCACACAACCACGCCUGCGGGUGCUCGAAAUGCUGGAAACCAAGCGGCGCCCUCUUCAGCAUCGUCGGCGUCGUGCCCCGGGAGAACCUCCGCGUCACCGCCAACGAAGCGAAACUCUCCAUCGUCGACGCGGCCGCGCCGAUCCAGCGGUACGCAUGCACCGAAUGCGGCGUGCAUCUUUUUGGACGGAUCGAGGUCGAGCACCCCUUCAAGGGGUUGGAUUUCGUGCAUGUGGAGUUGAGCGAGGAGGAGGGGUGGCAGCCUGUGCAGUUUGCCGGGUUUGUGAGUAGUCUGAUCGGGCAGGGGCUGGAUCCGAGUCUUGCGGAUGUGGUGAGGGCGCAGGUUAAGGGGUUGGGGCUGGAGAGCUAUGAUGCGUUGAGUCCGGCGCUGAUGGAUGCGAUUGCCAAGUGGAAUGCGGAGAGGGAUGGGGUGGUUUUUCGGAGUAAGUUUUAG